AUGGCGGACCUGAUGGAUCCGCCUUGCGUACCUAUCACGGACAAGGAAUCUCGGACCUUCCCAGCUUUCCCGCUCCUCCCUACUGAGAUCCGCCUCCGAAUCUGGGCUCAGUCACUCCUACCCCGCGUCCUUGAGCUUCACUUUCCUCAGGCCCACCAUGCUGACCAGUCUAGCAUCGAUGCCGACCAUCAUUCCAUGCAACGACCGCCGGCGUUCCAGUCCCGGUCCUAUAACCCUGCCGCCCUCUCCGUCAACAUGGAGGCUCGCACUGUCGCCCUGACUGUCUACACAGUUGCCCUCCCCCUCACACCAGAGAAGCACCACGGCCUUGCCCUAGAUGGACGCCGAGUGCUCUACAUUUCCCCUGACCGUGAUAUAGUAGUCCUGCUGGGCUAUGUGCCGGCCACGAAAGUGAGUCGGCUGUUGAGCUGGUUUCGCGAACAGAUUCGCGUUCGGGUACAUGGGUUAGGGGGUAAUAGCCUACUUACUGGACUGUGCAGCAUCGGUGUAAGCGCGGCCCAAUUUACGAAUAAUCAGGGAGCGCAACUCCUCCGGAUUAUAGGAAGGGAUUUGUUUCAUGAUGUUGACUACUUUAUACUGGUUAUUGGCUCAGGGCCUGGAUAUGGGACGAAGCAGGCCCCCCCUGAUUGGUGGGAUGGUGGGAAGUGCCUCUUGCGCGAAUGGUCGCAGUAUGAGAGAGAUGAAGAUGACCAAUAUAGGGAAUUCCAGAUGGGUGUUGGUCGGCAGUUUCGCGAUCGGGAUGGUUGGAUGGUCGUUGGGAGGAAUCAUAUGAGGAUUGCUAGCAUCUAUUUUGAAAAUGGGUGGUAG